AUGACAGUUUCACAGCAAAACUCCCAGACUGAAGAGAGAGACGAGAUGAAGAGAAUCAACCUCGAUCUGGGGGCCGGUUGCAAUAACCUGACUGAAGAGAGAGAUGAACUGAAGAGAACUGUGGAAAACUAUGUUCACUAUUUACAGCAAGGAUGGGUUUAUUUCAGCGGUAGUUUCUAUCGUAUUUCUUCCACCAUGAAGACCUGGCAAGACAGCAGAAAGGACUGUCAGCAAAGAGGUGCAGACCUGAUGAUUAUCGACAGCCAAGAAGAGCAGGAUUUCACAAGACAAUACAAAAAUAGAAUUUGGAUUGGACUGACGGACAGAGACACAGAGGGAGAAUGGAAAUGGGUAGAUGGGACACAACUUACAACAAGAUUCUGGCAUUCCGGGGAACCCAACAAUUAUCAGAAUAAAAAUGAAGACUGUGUGAAUAUAAACCACUACCAAAACAGCUGGAAUGAUGAAGUAUGUGAAAAUGAAUAUUUCUGGAUCUGUGAAAAGAAAAUGUAGCUCUACAUACUCACUGGUUUCACACCGUAAUGACAGCAACUUGAAGAAUAUUAAGAUAUCAUGUAUUUCGCCCCUUCAGCUAAACUGAAGUCAGCACUGAACCGUUUAUGCAAAGUGACACAUUGGACUCAAAUAUCCCACUGUGUGUUCUGAGUUCGGCUAUAAUCAACAUUUUAAAGACAAUGUGAAAAGGUGUCAUUUGAUUGUAUAUGUUCUUUAUACUGAUGUGUUUGAGAGAAAACACGCUCAUGUUUGUUUGCAGAUAAUGUCAAAUGUUAUAUACAGCAUAUAUUUAAACAGCACAAAGGCUCUUAUGAUAUUAUGGAUUGUUCUUUAGGUUGAUUGCAGUAGUAAAUAUAUGUAAUAACAAUACAGGUUUGCAGUUUAUAAGAAAGAUAAUGGCUUUAACUUUUCUUCAAAAUGUGGCUGAAAAUAUGGUGUUUUCUAUGUGAUGGAACUGUAAGAAAAAGUGUAUUUUUUCUUAACAUUGUGUGAAAUGUUCAGCCUGUCCUCCUACGAAAAAACGACCAUAUAGGCCGAUUGUUCAUGCC